AUGAGUAAUUAUACUGCACUGCAGCGCAAGGUACGGAAAACAGUUCCGUUUAAACGAUGCUCUGCUACAAGGUUAAUAGCUUUCAAAAAUGUAACAGUAUCGGAUUUAUGCAACGAACUAAUUGAUUAUCCAAUUUGGGUUGGUUUUCAUUACUAUUCUAUGCGAGUACUUAACAAAAAUGGCUUACAUAUUGUUUACGAUGAUAUCAAUUAUGCUGUUCAAGAAGGUGACAAAUUGCGACAUUUACGCAUUAUGCCUUCCAAAUAUAUGUAUAAACCACAAGCGACAACAAUUUUUGGGGAAACAAAGGUAUAUAGCAAAGGACAGAUUCCACUUGACCAUUGGCCACUUAGUGACUAUCCUCCUAGCAUUGAAUCAGUUUCCGGAUAUUCUACAGUUACAAAAAUGUCAACUGCCACUACAGUGUGUAUUUAA